AGAUUCACGAUUUCAAAUUCUUUAGUGAUUAGAGAAGUGCCAUCUUGAACAUAGUAUUGUACUCGACCCGCGCGGUCCCGGUCAGUUUCGUGUAUGCAAUAUGGCUGGUCGAGGUGGUUACGAAGAUUUAAGAGAUUAUGGGGGUGGAUAUCGAAGUGGCAGAAAACCAUUGCCAACCGAACCACCAUAUACCGCAUUUGUGGGAAAUUUGCCAAAUGGAAUUGUACAAGGAGAUGUUGAUAAAAUUUUCAAAAAACUUAAUGUUAAAGGAAUCAGAUUGGUGAAAGAUAAAGAAACUGAUAGGUUUAAGGGCUUUUGUUAUGUUGAAUUCGAAGAGUUGGCAGACUUAGAAGCUGCAUUGGAAAUGGAUGGAGCAGUAGAAGUAGAUAAAAGUGUCAUCAAAAUAGAUGUAGCAGAGGGUAAAAGAAAUGAUCGAGGAGGUGGAUUUGACAGAAGAGGUCGCAGUGGCGGUGGUAGUGGAGGAGGCUUUAGAGGGAGAGAUGGUGGCCGUGGUGGAUAUGGUGAUGAUUUUGGAAGCAAAUCUAUGUAUUCUAGAGGCUAUGUAGGUCAAGGCCAAGGCCAAGGUCAUGCUGGUAGACAAGGUAGUACAUGGGACAUGAGGGGUAACCGGGGUAACUAUAGUCAGUUUAAUGAUGAUACAGGAGGUGGAAGUCGAGAAUGGCCACGUAAUGCAUCAUCUAAAUCAUAUGGCAAUAGACCACUUCCUCGUGGAACUGGACCGGAACGAAAACCAUUUCAUGAUGAACCAUUUCACAAAGAUCCACCUCCAGCUGAUACAAGUGGAAGAAAACGUCUGGUACUAGCACCAAGAACAAUUCAAGAUCCGAUAAAUGCAAUUGCUGAAUCAAGUAAAUCAAGCUCAAUUUAUGGUGGUGCAAAACCUCGGGAGGAAAAAAUUAAUACUGAUGACAAGUAAACACACUAUCAUUAUUAGUUUCUGAUUCCCUAAAUUUCAGGGAAAGGAACUUUCCCAACAAAAAUAUUUGAAAACAAAAAUCAAGAUCCUCUAAUUUCCUCCAAUGUAGUGGGGAAAAUCUCUUCUGAGAUGAAAUUGGAAUAAUUUUUAUUUAUCCCUAAGGGGAGUCUUCCCCACAAUAAUAAUGAAAAGUGAUUUCACGAGAUUCUUAAGUUCGACGUAUUUGACAUUUUUAAUUAAAAAUAAAAAUUUUUCAUCGAGUG